CGCAGAUGCUGCUGGAGCGGCAGAGACAGUCGCGCUCAUCACGGUGGGACUGAAAGAGCGGAGACUGUGUGCGUGCGUGUGUGUGUGUGGGGAAGAUCGCCCGGUUAUCGUCCAUCCAUGAGCCCGAGACCUCGGGGAACGAUGCGCAGAGAGAGCGUCUCCGCGGGCAGCACGACUUAAGGAGCCGCGCUUCAUCCAUCCGGACACUUUUUUACUCAACGGAAGAAGAAGAAGAAGAAGAAUCCAGGCGGCGCGGAUCCUUCAUACAGCUCAUCUCCAUUUAACCCCAGUUUGAUCCAAUCUGUCAGUUGGUUUGGACGCGAUGUGGAAGACCAGCGUCCUCGUCCAUGUCCUGGUUCUGCCCCUGCUCCUGCUCCUGUCCCCGGCCUCCGCUGAACUCCGGCAGGAGACGCAGGAGACGGAGCCGCGGAGGCUGCCACCGCCGGGAAAGUUGGAUUUCGGUUAUGUGCCCGCGGGACUUUACGAGACACUGGCCCACUAUGAACCGGGACCGAUCGGGAUCCUGUUCCACAUAGUGCAGACUUUUCUGUGUGCGGUGCAGCCCAACGCUUUCCCGCAAGAUCUUAUCGUCAAACUGGCAAAAGACAAGUUUGGAGCUCUUCACACAGAAUAUCAAAAGCCAGAGAACAUAGUGCUGAGCCUUCAGGUCAUCUACUACGAGAUAGGCUUUGUGGUGUGUGCGGCGGUGGGCCUGCUGUUCACCGUGCUCGUGCCGCUCGUCGGCCUCUUCUUCUGCAUGUGCCGCUGCUGCGACAACUGCGGCGGCGAGAUGCAUCAGCGCCAGAGGAAGAACGCGGACUGUCGCCGCGGCCUGCUGGGAACGCUGCUCUUCUCCACGUCGCUGGUCAUCACGAUGGGCGUGCUGUGUGCGUACGCCGCCAACCAGAACCUGAGCUCGCAGGUGAAGAACAUUCGCAGACUGGUCAACAGCAACAUGAGGGACCUGCACACCUUUGUUAAUGACACGCCGAUGCAAAUUGAUUACCUCAUAUCCCAGUAUUCCACAGCCAAGAAGAAAGUCAUCUAUGACCUCAAUAAUAUAGGCCCGUUAUUGGGUGGAAGGAUCCACGAUCGGCUGGAUAAGGAGGUCCAUCCUGCCUUGGACAGAGUGCUCAACAUGGCGGGAGCAAUGAGAGAAACCAAGGAGGCCCUGGACAACGUCAACAGGUCUUUGGAGGUCCUUCAGGAGGGAACAGGGAAACUCAAAUUCAACCUGAGCCUGGUACGCAGCGGUAUCAACCGCACCCUCAAUGACCCGGGUUGUCAUGACGACGACUCAGACACCACCACCGUCCAGCUGUGCCACAACAUCCGGCAGUCGCUGUCCCAGCUGCAGAUCAGCGCCAACUACACGAGGCUGCCCGGUGUAGACGCUCAGCUGGAGAAGAUGAACCGAGUGUUGAGAACGGACCUCAGCAGUAUCGUUCAGAGGGGUUUCUCCUCGUUGAAUGAUACACCACAUGUGGUGAUCGAACAGACCAGAGGUGUCGUGGAGAGUGUUCAGAACCUGGUGGAUGGGAUCGGCCAAAACAUAAGCAGCUUCUCCAAGAAGUUCCCCGUGCAGAAAAGCCUGUCCAACUUCAGCAUCUUCGUUAACCACGUCCACGCCAAGAUUGAGGACCAAUACCCUGAAAUUGACAAAAUAGACUUUUACAGGUGGAUUGGCUGCAUCACUCUGUGCUGCAUGAUUGUCCUCGUCCUGGCCUUCAACUACCUGGGUCUGCUGUGCGGCACGCUGGGAUACGACAAGCACGCCUCGCCCACCACGCGAGGCUGCAUCUCCAACACGGGAGGGACCAUGCUCAUGGCCGGCGUGGGAUUCAGCUUCAUCUUCUCCUGGGUGCUGAUGGGAGUGGUGACCGUUCUCUUCUUAGCUGGAGGCAACAUGGAGAAACUUGUGUGUGAGCCGUUCCACACUAAAGAGCUCUUUAAGGUGGUGGACGCUCCAUAUCUGGUGAACCCGGAGUGGAAGAACUUCAUUCCCGGCUUCAUGUACGGCGACGCUGACCUGGAGCUGACGGCAGAGAGCUUAUACAGCACGUGCAAAGAGAACAAAGGCAUCUACUUGGCGUUGCGUCUGGACAAAAUCUUCAACAUCUCCUCUUUGCUGAAAACCACAGCGUACACUAAAGAUGUGAUGAGUCAGCUGGACGGCAUCAAGGUCAACCUGAGAGGAAUAAUCCUGUUAGAGGAAGAAGGGAAGCAGAACCUGCGGGACUUCUCUGAGGCAGGACUGUCAGAGAUCAACCAUGCAGACUAUCUGGAAGAGGUGAAUAAAGGAGUGACGGAGGUGGACCUGCUCUCGUUUGCCAGAGACCUGGAGGCUCAGACCGACCUCAUGCCCAGUGGUUCUCUGAAGUCCACUCUGAAAGGCUACUGUGGCACUCUGAGACAGAUCCACAGACAACAGGUCACCCCCAUGGAGAAAACCACGAAAUAUGUUAGAGCAAGGAGUUCAUUGAACCAGAGUAUGAGGUUCCUGGAGAGAACGACGUCAGAUCUGCCUAACAAAGUCUCAUCCGUGCUCGAGGCGAUUGACGCCGCCCAGUAUCUCAUCUCUGAUAAUUCCACACACAUAAUCAACUGGGAAAGGGAAAAAUACUCAGCGACCAUUGUUGGCUACUUCCACCAGUACAUCGAAUGGAUCAAAACAUCGGUGGCUCUGGAGGUUGCGCCGUGUAAGCCCUUCAGCAACAUGGUGGACACCAUGGAGAUCAUGGCUUGUAGUUUCUUGGUCGACUCCAUGAACACUUUCUGGAUGGGUCUGGGCUGCAGCACUCUCUUCCUGCUGCCGAGCAUCAUCCUGGCCGUGAAACUGGCCAAGUUCUACCGCAGGAUGGAAACAGAGGAUGUUUACGACGACAUUGAGACAAUUCCCAUGAAAACUAUGGAAAUUGGUAAUAAUGGUUAUCAUAGUGAGCGCACACAAGGUAUCCCAAAUCCUAUGAUGGCAAGGUAAACACAUUUUAUUUGAAUCCUCUUGCCUGCAUGUGAUGGGACGUGGACGCAUGCCUUUUUCUUCUCUCACACACACACACACACACACACACACACACACACACACACACAGUGCAUGGCUUUAAAGCUGAUUCACACACACACUCACACACACACACACAACAAAGGUGAUUGAGUUUGAAGAAUAACAAAAUAAAAGUUGACAAGUAAUGGUCGCUUCAUUUAAAAUGUGCACGUAUGUGCUCACAUCAAAGCUCAGGAUGAAUUUGUUGUGUAGUUUUAUUUGUUUUUAAGAGUUGAGAUGAGAAAGAGAUUGUGGGGGAUUAUUUUAGCUCGGUUUAGUCCAGCAUAAAAAAAUCUAAUAAUAAUGAUAAUAAUGAUAAAUCUGUCAACCAAUGCCCCUAAAUGUCACUAAUUUGUACAUUGAUGGCCCUUUUCCACUAUAGACCUAUUUUUAUUACAGUAAAAGAAACAAAAUAUUCACAUGAAUUUCUUUCAUGGACGUUUAUCUCAAACCUCAGUAACAGUAACUAAAAUAAUUCAAACUUUAUUGUUACUGUCUAACUACAUCUUAGGAAGGAGGUUGAAACCUGUGAAAUAAAGGUUUAACAUUAUCCCUGUGGCGUGACUUCAGAUUAUUAUUAGUGUUCAUUUAUGUUCAGAUUAAGGUGCAAAAUAUAGAUUUAUCUUCUCAUCUCAUUCUUAUACACAAAUGCCAAAGUAUAUCUCAGAUAAAUCUGCAGAGAUCUUGACAACAUCGUGAUAGAAAAGAAAAACUUCUGCGACCAUUACUUCUGUCUCUGCCGCUGCUGCUGCUGCUGCUGCUGCUGCCAAAUGUUCAUGUGUGCGUGUGCUUAUGGGUGAACUGAUGGUUUAUUACUCACUCUCUGGCUGUGACUGUGUGAAAUGAAACAAAACAAAAAGAAAGAUUCCUGUCUCCUCUCGUCCGUAGAGUCAGCCAAAGUCCGCUGAAUGUUCACCUGAUCAUUUUGUUCAGAGAGAGGCAAGCAUGUCGCGCUUUGGUCUUGAACUUAACUUAACACACACACACACACACAUUCUAACUCUGCAUGUUUUUUCAAAGUCGCAUUUGGACCGGGAUGCAUUUUUUGACCUGCAUUGACUUCCUGUUAACAGAGGCAGAGAGCGAAACAGCGAAGCUAUUCACCACGUCAUUCUUAAAUAUCAUUGCACAAAUAACUACUUUAAGGGGCAAUCUGGGAUUUUUCUACCUGGGAUCUAUGUGUUUUUAUAAAUGUAGUUGUGCAAGUGAUACUCAGAGCUGCAACUGCAACAUAACCCAGAUUGAAAAACCCUCAAAAAUCCACUUAAACUUUUAAUUUUACAGUCUCUUUUCGAAAAAUCAUAUUUUUUAAAAGAUGGGUUUGCUAUCUUCUACUAAACAUGUGAAUCUGGAUUGAGUUUUUAUUGGAGUGAGAUCUACAGACUGUUUAGUCAGACAUUUAAAGAGGCACUAGGUAAUCUGUUGCACAGUACGACCUUUAAAGACUUUCUUUAAAGACUUUCUUCAACCCUCAACCUUCUUCUCCGGCUUAAUCCUCUCACCCGAUUUAUGUUUU